AGUCUCUCAUUCGUCUCUCGCAUUCGCUGUCGUCAGCACACGCGCGCACGCAACGAACGCAAAGCAAAGCAACGCAAAACGAAUUCGAGUUUGUUUCGAGUUUCAGUGUUUUGCGCCCUCAUCUCGGCAUCGCUUCGUCGUCACACGUCUCGUUUCGUCUCGUCACUCACUACGGGAAUAUAUAUAUAUAGAGCUACACACACAUAUAUAUUUUUUGGUCGGUUUAUUUUGCGCUUCGUUUGACGGCGCUCGUUAUCGCUGAACAGGUUUCGCUGCUGCUGUCCACACAACGCAGUCGAAACAGAAACAGAAAGGUGCUCAAUUCCGCGUAGUGUGGAGGUAUUUUAUCAUCGUCUUACGCAGCGCGCUGAUUUUUUUUGCUUCAACAUAAAAUACAGCAAAAACAAAAAUCAGCCACAAAAUAAAUAGCAACAAAUUCGCGACGCGUUUCAACUAAAAACAAAUGCCAAGUGUUUUAACCCAAAAACACGGAAAAAAAAAAAAAUAAAAUGAAUAAACGCUUAAGCAAAUAGCAAAAAGCAAAGCAAAGAAAAAUAAAUAUACGAGUACGUAAGAAUUGAAUGUGUCAACUGCCAACAGAAUUGGCCAAGUUCUCAAAUUCUAAAACAAUUAACAAAUAAAAGUCAAAAUAAAGUAAAUAAGUGCAACAUGGUUUCCAAAAGAAAUGUUCAAAAACAAGCAUAGCGAAUAAAAUAAUACAAAAAAACAAACUUAAAAACAUAGCGAUAAAACUACGAAAUUAAAAUAACAAACUUGGAAGUAUUGGAAGUGCUGAAAGUAUUGGAAAUAUUGGAAUUAUUGGAAGUACUGGAAUUAUUGGAGUAUAGACGCAGCAGCCACAGGUGCUCGAACAUAUCCGAAGAUAGUAAAAGUAUCUGUGAGAUACACUCGAUCAAAGCUACAACAAAGCUACUUGGAACAUGCUGACCGUGGAGGCAGACAUGAAGGGAGGCGGCAUACUGCACGCCACAAUGCCGCCGCUGCACGCGAGUGCCGCGUUGCACGGCCACGCCCACGCGGCAGCCUCCUCCUAUUCGGCGCUGGCGCCUCUGAUGAAUUUCGGUCAAUCGCCACUGACGCACUCGCAAUUGAGCCAGCACAAUCAUCACCAUCAUCAUCAUCACAUGAGCGCUCACAUUGCCGCCAGCCAGAGUCCCAAUCCGCUCAGCUCGCUGCAGUCGAGCAUAGCCAACACUCUGAACGGUGGCCAGCAGCAGCAACAACAGCAACAGCAGCAGAGUUCGCCGCUGCACAGUUCGAGCGAACUGAGUCCCACACAGAGCAGCAUUGGCAGCCAUCACAUGACAUCGCCAGUGAGCCACCAUCAACAACAGCAGCAGCAUCCUCAGCAGCAGCAACAUCCCAGUUUGAUGGGCGCUGGCAGCGCCUUGAGCAGCAUGACCAACAGCAACAGCAGUAAUGGCAACAGCAACAACAACAACAACAACAACUCGACGGCAAACAAGAAUCAACAGCACGCGGAUCGCGUGAAGCGACCGAUGAAUGCAUUCAUGGUCUGGUCACGGGGCCAGCGACGCAAGAUGGCCUCGGACAAUCCAAAGAUGCACAACUCGGAGAUCUCGAAGCGCCUGGGUGCCCAGUGGAAAGAUCUCUCCGAGGCCGAGAAGCGUCCGUUCAUCGACGAGGCGAAGCGAUUGCGCGCCGUCCACAUGAAGGAGCAUCCCGACUACAAGUAUCGGCCGCGUCGCAAGACCAAAACACUGACCAAGACCAAGGAGAAGUAUCCCAUGGGCGGUCUGCUGCCCGGCCAGCAGCCAGUGGGCGGUGAGCCCGGCACGCCCACACGCGUCUCCCAGAGCAUGGGCCAGAGUCAGGCGUUGAACGGCGGCGGCGGCUCCGGUGGCGCCUCGGCGGCAGCAGCCGCAGCAGCAGCAGCAGCGGCAGCGGCCCAACAGGUGCGCCCCAACAUCCAUCAGAUGAGCGUGCCCAAUGGCUAUAUGCCCAAUGGCUAUAUGCAUCCCGAUCCCGCCGGCUACCAGACGCACUACAUGAACUACGCCCCCCGCUACGGCGAGAUGGGACACAUGUAUAACGGCUACGGCAUGUACGACACUGUUGCCGGUGGACAGACGUCGCCGUACGGCAGCAGCCUGCAACAGCCGGGCUCGCCGUCGCCGUACGUGCAGCAACAGCAGCCGGGCGGAGGAUUGACGGGCAAUGGGUCGCCGGCGCCGUAUGGUGCACAAGUCUCCUGCCAGAGUCACAGUCCCAGCGAUUCGAGCAUCAAGUCGGAGCCGGUGUCGCCCAGUCCGAGUGCGAUAGCGUUGAACAACAACAACAAUGUGCACAACAACAAUCACAUCAUGAAGCGGGAAUACAUCUCGGCGACGGCAGCGGCGACAGCGGCGGCAGCGGGCAGCGACCUCAAUCAUCUGAUGAACAUGUAUCAUCUGCACGACGCCGGCGCAGCGCCGGAGCAGCAGCGACAUCUGAUGCACUAUCAAACGGCAUCGCCCGAGUUGCAACAGCAGCAGCAACAGCAACCGCUGCAGCAUGUGAUGCACCAGCAACAUCAACAGCAACAGCAGCAGCAGCACCAACAGCACCAGCAGCAUCAACAGCAGCAGCAACAGCAGCAGCAGCAGCAACAUCAGCUGCAUCAGCAAUCGCUGCGAGCAAUGGCGCCCCUAGCACACAUGUGAGAAAUGGCCAGCGCCUAUGGAGCCGCCGCCGCCGUGUCCGUGAAUGUGUCGCCGCCGCCGCCGGCGCCCGUUGGAUAUAUGCCAACAGCAGCCAUUGCAGCAGCGGCAGCAGCAGCAGCAGCGGCAACAGCCACACAGCAGCAGCAGCAACAGUUGCUGAACGGCAGGCCAAGUCCGACGGCAUCGGGAUCGGGUUCGUCGGGCGGUCGCUCCUCGGCGCAUUCCAGCGGUCACACGACCACAGCGCAUUCACCCGCCUUGGCGGCGGCUGCUGUUGCCGCUGCCGCCUACCAGCUGUCGAGCACAGCAGCACAGGCCACAGCAGCCGCAACCGCAUCCUCCUCAGUCCCCGCCUCCGCCUCAGCAUCCGCCUCUGCCUCGUUUGUGGCCUCAGCCAGCAUGCUGGACAUGCAACAACUGGAGGAGCAACAGCAACAGCAGCAGCAGCAACAUCAUCAUCACCAGCAGCAGCAGCAUCACCAGCAGCAGCAGCACUAUCUGCAACAGCAGCAGCAGCAGCAACAUCAUCACCUACAGCAGCAGCAGCACUUGCAACACCAGCAACAUCAACAGCAGCAGCAGCAGCAACAUCAUCAGUUGUAUCAUUAUUCGCAGCAGUUGCAUGCACACGAGGCCAGCGCUGGUUUGUUGGAUAUAUCCACAUUGUAAAUUAUUGAAAAUACACACACACACACACACACCAACACACCUUCACAGACUUAGCUGAUAUUUGCAAACUAAAGUAUAUGGAUAAACAAUUUUAGCUUUAGUUUUAAAACGUAAACGAAAAUGCAUUAAUUUUUAGCACUUGUAAUUAUAACAAACGAAUAAAAUACAAAAAAUAAUUCCAAUAAUUUAAUUACAAACAAAAAACCAUGGCAUUUACAAAUUAAGCAUACGCACUGUUGUACAAUACAAUACAAAACAUCUAUCUCUCUCUCUCUCUCCCUACUUCAUACAUUCCACACAUUUCUUUUGCUUUCUCCCAACAACAACAAAAACAAAACCUAAACGACAAUUGUGUGAUACAAAUAAAUUGUUGCAAGCAAAACUUGAAUACUAGAAUUCUUUCAUAUUCUUUUUCGAAUUUACUUUCCAUGUACAAAAUUUAAGAACUCUUUUCCAAAUGCAUUCCACACAUUCAGCCACAUAUAAGUAAACAAAAUGUAACAAAAACAAGAAGAAAAAAAAAACACAUUCUAUUUUAUAGAUUCUCUUAUGCAUUAAGUAAUUCUAAUUAUUAUCUAUUAUAUAAACAAUUUAAUUAUUAAUUAUCCUUAUGAAUACUGCAAAAAGAAAACAAAAAAACACAAAUGAAGCGCAAAGAAAAAUCGAAGCAUUAAUUGUAAUAAAAAACAAACAAACAAAACAACAAUUAUUAUUAUUAUUAUUAUUAUAAUUAUGAAAAGACAAGCAUCUACCACAUAAUACAAACAAAAGGACAACAAACAAAAUGUUAGUAAACCUAAACAAAAUUUAGUAAAAAAAAAAAACAAAACAAAAUGUGAAAAA